GAAAGGAGGCGGAGCUGGAACCAUCAACCCUGAGAGCGCCCAAGAGAUAUAAAAGCCCGGCUAAGCACUAGGAAAGCAACAGAAGUCCGGUCCUGCUUAAGGCUGAGCCGCCCCGAAGCAGCCCAGACCGGGAUGUCCUCCAGAUUCUUGCUCCAGCUCUUAGGAUUCUGGCUGCUGCUGAGCCAGCCUUGCAGGGCGCGGGUCUCUGAGGAGUGGAUGGAUCAAGUCAUUCAGGUGUGUGGCGGUGGAUAUGCCCGUGCAUGGAUCGAAAUCUGCCGGGCUUCCACAGGGCGACUGGCUUUGAGGCAGGAGGAGCCAACUCCUCCGCCAUCCCGGCCAACCACAGAAACUGUGCCAUCCUUCAUCCUCAAAGAUGCAGAGCCUUUUGAUAUGAUGUUGAAAUGUCUUCCAGAUGUGUCAGAGGAACCUAAGGCAGCAGUGUCUAAGGGGCUUGCAUCAUUACCAGAGCUACUACACUAUGCACCUGCGUGGAGUGAUUCGGGUGUUAGCUUGGAAGGAUUUAAGAAAACUUCCCAUAAUACUCAAGGUGACGCCGAAGGCAACAGUCCUCCCGGACUUAAAUACUUACUCUCAGAUAUUCCCUCAUGGAGAACGAGGCACUCUGUGUUGCUGAGCAAGCAAUGCUGCCACUUCAGUUGUACCAGAAGAGCCGUUGCUAAACUCUGCUGA